CCCCCGGGCCGCCCGGGCCGCAGGCCUUCCCGGCGCUCCUCCUCCUCUCUCCACACUCGUUCCGGCCGGGGUCCUGCCGCCGCCCGCCGGCCUUGCUCCCUGUGGGGCGAGUCUGUCUCAGGCGUUGCUUUCUCUCUCACACACACACGGUGCGCGCCCUCGCAGGCUGGGCCGCCCCCUCCUCUCCGGCCCUCCUCCUCCCUGCUAACGCCGCCGUCGGGGGAGGAUUGAUGUCCCUUCAUCAUGCAGCCGCCGCCGAGGAAGGUGAAAGUUACACAAGAACUGAAAAACAUUCAAGUUGAGCAGAUGACAAAACUUCAAGCCAAACAUCAAGCAGAAUGUGAUUUGCUGGAAGACAUGAGGACAUUCAGUCAGAAGAAGGCUGCUAUUGAAAGAGAAUAUGCACAGGGUAUGCAGAAGCUGGCUAGUCAGUACCUGAAGAGAGAUUGGCCUGGAAUAAAAGCUGAUGAUCGGAAUGACUACAGGAGCAUGUAUCCUGUUUGGAAAUCUUUUCUCGAGGGAACAAUGCAGGUAGCCCAGUCUCGGAUCAAUAUAUGUGAAAACUAUAAAAACUUCAUUUCUGAACCUGCAAGAACAGUGAGAAGCUUAAAAGAACAGCAACUAAAAAGGUGUGUGGACCAGUUGACAAAGAUCCAAACUGAAUUACAAGAGACAGUGAAAGAUUUAGCUAAAGGCAAAAAGAAGUACUUUGAGACCGAACAGAUGGCCCAUGCAGUACGAGAGAAAGCUGACAUCGAGGCAAAAUCUAAACUUAGUCUUUUCCAAUCAAGAAUCAGUUUACAGAAGGCAAGUGUAAAGUUAAAAGCUCGGCGUUCUGAAUGUAACUCUAAGGCUACGCACGCAAGGAAUGAUUAUCUUCUUACGCUAGCAGCAGCCAAUGCACAUCAGGAUCGCUACUAUCAAACAGAUUUAGUUAACAUUAUGAAGGCUCUUGAUGGAAAUGUCUAUGAUCACCUCAAGGAUUAUUUAAUAGCCUUCAGCCGGACUGAGUUAGAAACAUGCCAAGCUGUGCAGAACACAUUCCAGUUUUUAUUAGAAAACUCCAACAAGGUAGUACGGGACUACAAUCUUCAGCUGUUUUUACAAGAAAACGCUGUAUUUCACAAGCCCCAGCCAUUCCAGUUCCAGCCUUGUGACAGUGAUACUAGCCGACAAUUAGAAUCAGAAACUGGGACUACAGAAGAGCACAGUCUAAAUAAGGAGGCUCGGAAAUGGGCCACACGUGUGGCACGUGAGCACAAAAACAUUGUUCACCAGCAACGGGUUCUGAAUGAUCUGGAAUGCCAUGGAGUUGCCAUAUCAGAACAAAGCCGAGCAGAGCUGGAACAAAAAAUAGAUGAAGCUAGAGAAAAUAUUCGUAAAGCAGAGAUAAUUAAGCUGAAAGCUGAGGCUCGGCUGGACCUGCUGAAGCAGAUCGGUGUUUCUGUGGACACAUGGCUGAAGAGUGCCAUGAACCAGGUGAUGGAAGAGCUGGAAAACGAGCGGUGGGCGCGCCCCCCGGCGGUGACCAGUAAUGGCACCUUACACCCGCUGAAUGCAGACACCGAAAGAGAAGAAGGAGAAGAGUUUGAAGACAACAUGGAUGCUUUUGACGACAGCAGUUCCAGCCCUUCUGGCACCUUAAGAAAUUACCCACUCACCUGCAAAGUUGUUUAUUCCUACAAGGCUUCUCAACCAGAUGAGUUGACCAUUGAGGAGCAUGAGGUGUUAGAAGUGAUUGAAGAUGGAGAUAUGGAAGACUGGGUAAAGGCUCGGAAUAAAGUUGGCCAAGUGGGUUAUGUGCCAGAGAAGUACCUGCAGUUCCCCACCUCGAACAGCCUGCUGAGCAUGCUGCAGUCCCUGGCCGCCUUGGACAGCCGCUCGCACACAUCCAGCAACUCCACGGAAGCGGAGCUCGUCUCGGGCAGCCUCAACGGAGACGCCAGUGUCUGUUUUGUGAAAGCACUUUAUGAUUAUGAGGGCCAGACAGAUGAUGAGCUGUCUUUUCCGGAGGGGGCUAUCAUCCGCAUCGUGAACAAAGAAAACCAAGAUGAUGAUGGCUUUUGGGAAGGGGAAUUCAGCGGCCGGAUUGGAGUUUUCCCAUCGGUGCUAGUGGAAGAACUUUCAGCCUCAGAAAAUGGUGACACUCCAUGGAUGAGAGAGAUUCAGAUCUCUCCUUCCCCCAAGCCGCACACCUCGCUGCCUCCACUGCCGCUGUACGACCAGCCUCCCAGCAGCCCCUACCCCAGCCCAGAUAAGAGGAGCUCCCAGUACUUCCCCCGCUCUCCUUCAGCGAAUGAAAACAGCCUCCACGCGGAAUCCCCAGGAUUCUCACAGGCGUCGAGGCACACUCCCGAGACCUCAUACGGCAAACUGCGACCGGUCCGGGCAGCUCCCCCGCCGCCCACACAGAGCCACCGAAGGCCGGCAGAGAAGAUGGAGGAUGUGGAGAUCACGCUGGUGUGAUGACGGCGGUGCCCGUCCGUUACUGCUACAAUCAAGGCCAGGCUUCGUGUUUGGCCCGUCUUGUUUCUAGGCACCUUUGCAUGAUGACUCUUGAAUGGAGCAAAAACGAGGAGGCUUACAUGUGACUGGGUGGCCUGGGGGACUCCUCCCAUGUUUUGGAUAUUUUGUGCCUUUUUUGUUGUCAUUUUCUAUGUCAUCUCUUACCAUAGCACAAAUCCUAGCGGGCCCUAGAAGCAGCGAGGGGCAGCCCUCGUGCCUACCAGCGGCCCGUUUUUAUAUGAGACUCAAGACCAGGCCUCGUCCAGGGCACAGUCACAGAAUUACUGAUCAUGUGCACUCGUACAGUAUAUUACUGUGGCCACAGGAUGUGGCAAAGAUUCUCAUCUUUCUUCAAGUGGCUUUUGCUCAUCUGAUUAAGUAUUAAUCAGGUCAUGCUGGCUACAUAAGGAAACAGAAGGAGGGAUUUCAGGAGAGGCUGGCUCCUCCCCGAAGUCAGUCCCCAGACUAAGUGAAAUUUAUUGGGAAAUAGGCAGACCGCCCUGAGUUUAGCGCCAAUUGCAUUAACGCACAUCUCUUCCACAACUAACAGAUUUAAAGAACAGUGUCCUCUUUGUAUUAACGUUAUGCCGUUCAUUUAGUAGUAGUGGAGUUUGUAUGGAGGGGCUGAACCAGUAGCCACGUCGUGUCCGUGAGGUAGACUGAUAGGAGGUGACGGCUAAAGCAGAAAUGGAGCUUCCAGAUCUGAAUUGGGCCGAGUCAAUGUCCUGUUUGUAUCUGAGUAUUUUUCAUCCUGAGUUUUCCAGCAUCUACACUUCUGAUCAGUAUGUGUAAAUCUGAGUGUUCGGAUAAAUUGAGGGCACAGAUCUGCAUCCUCUCCUUGGGAGGCCCCCAGCACUGGUUUUUCCCCCACGUGGCCAGGUUGUAGCUUGUCCAGACCACCUGCCACCUGUGGAGAAUGCGGCUUCCACAUCCCACUGCUCUGCCAUCGCUUUGGGAGGAAGAACCUGGGGCCAUGGAGGAGACCAGCCUUCCAGGAAAAAGGACAGGACUGCCCGCCCUGCGUCCUUGCGGGACGGCAAGGGAAAGACAAGCAUCUGCCACGUGGCGGGGAGAGCCGAGAGUGGUGCGCACCGCGGCCCAGUGGGCCUGCUGCAGACCAGGGCCCUGGUGCCCACUCCCGUGGAAGCAGGGAGUGAGGCGUCUGUGGACUACAAGGUGUUCACCCGCUGCUUUUUGUUUAUUUGGUUAAGAAAUCAGAUUUGCAGAAUUUAACUCAAAAUUGUGUUGAGCUUUGAAAACUCCGUCCCUCCUAAGAAUCUCUAAAAACUUGAAAUGCUCGCCAAAUGUCCCCAUGGGAUUUCUGACCAAAAGUAAGGUCAACACUGAAGAAAUGCUGUUAGUCACAUGAGCCCUUCGGUGAUAAUACCCAUUGAUGAAUCUUCUCCAUGAUGUUGGUGGGUUUUUUGGUUUUGUUUUUUUCAUUUCUUAACCUGUUGAUCUAUUUGAGGUCUUUUUGUGUUUAUCAAACUUAUUCUUAAGUUUAAAAAGGAAGUUACGGGGUGGUUUUUGAGAUUUUCAAGUUUGCCGACACGUGCUCACUAAACAGCAGUGCUUCCACCCGGCCUUGCAUUCUCCCUGUAGCAGCCAAGUUGUCCUUGAAUUUGGGUUUUCCACAACCUCAGAGGGUAUUUGAAAUCUUUUGUUAUAUUUUAAAAUAUUUUCUGGAAGAGCUGCUAAUUUUAUUUUAAAACACAAAGUUGUAAAAAUACGCCUUCUUUUUCAAAAGCAACCCCUCCCUCCAGGACGUGUAACCCAGCAUCACAGAGCACGGGCAAGGCUUGGAGGGAGCCUCUGCAGGUGCGCUUUCUCCCCGGGGCUGUAAAAAGUUUGUAUUUAUUAUGUAUAAAAUGUUGAAUAAUAAAAACAUGCAAUUAUG